AUGAAUAGGCGCGGUGCGGCUCUGCUCGAGAAAGUCACGCACAACGCGCUGGAUGAGAGUUGUGCUGAUGCUUUGCACCACCAUCUUACACAUCAGGAGCUGCAGGCUCUACUGGAGCACGCGGCCAGCGAGCUGAUGACGGCGGGCAUGUACGAGACCGUCAACGAGGUGUACAAGGUGCUCAUCCCCAUCGCCGAGCAGCUGCGCGACUACAAGAAGCUCGCCAACAUACACAGGUAGCUACAGACACAGGCGGCCACAGACACAGGCGGCCACA